AACGAAACGUUCUGAAAUAAAUAAAGCGUUAAGGAAUAUAAAGUGUACAACGCGACUCCAAAACGUAAUGCGAAUAAACUGCGGUGUACGCAUUUGGUAAAGUGAAGUGUUCCUCGUGUACGAUGGCAGAAACGGUGACGGUGGUUGGAAAAGAACAUUCCAUGUUAAGCGAGCAUCAUACAACGCCGAAGAAAAAAGUAACAUUGGCGCUUGCAGAAUGCGGUUGCGGCAACGCAAGCUCGAAUGAAGAUUAUUCCAUCUUUCGUACAUUAGAGAACUUUACCGCACAGAAUGGCACAGCAAGUCCGAAGCUUCCCACCAUAAAGGACUUCUGCAUCCUGAAACCGAUCAGUCGUGGUGCUUUCGGGAAAGUGUUUCUCGGUUACAAAAAGUGUGACCAAAACAAACUGUACGCUAUCAAGGUGAUGCAGAAGACGGAAAUGAUCAACAAAAACAUGGUCUCGCAGGUGAUCACGGAAAGGAACGCUUUGGCACUUUCGCGCAGUCCGUACUGUGUGACGCUCUAUUAUUCCCUCCAAACGCUGUCCUCCGUGUACCUCGUGAUGGAAUACAUGGUGGGUGGUGAUCUUAAGUCACUGUUGGCCAUGUAUGGCUUUUUCGAUGAAACUACGGCUCGGUUUUAUGCGGCCGAAAUUUGUCUUGCUCUGCAGUACCUGCACGGGCACGGUAUCGUUCAUCGGGAUAUAAAACCGGACAACAUGUUGGUGGCCGCAUCCGGGCACGUGAAGCUGACCGAUUUCGGACUGAGCCGUAUAGAAAUGCGACGAGAUUUAGAAAUAUCGGACCUGAUCAACUGUUCCCCGAAUCUGAACGCACGUACACCGGGCCAGCUGCUGUCGCUCACUUCCCAUCUGUCCUUCGGUUCACACGACAAGCGUAUUGUAGCGGAUGUGGCUGCUGCUGGGGUUUCCUCGAACUUGCCAAUACGGGAGGAAACUUCCGACCAUGAAUCGGACAGCUCGUUCGGCCAGUCACGCCAACAGAACGAUAGCAAAAUGUCGGGCGUAAGUCCGUUCUUUUCUGCCGAACAGAAUGUGAGCUCGGGCGAAGAGAUAAAAGCGAUGGUGCCGUCAGAGGUUACGGUUGUAGAGGAAAAGUUCGACUCGUCUCUGUACUAUACGUGUAAUUCUAGUGAUGAAGGAAAAUCGAGCUCGAGUGGUAGCUGCGAAUCGGUAAAGGAAGUUCGGCAACGGUUGGAACUGGUUGCAGAAGGCGCACAGGACAAAGAAAACGCCGACAGCACCAACAGUGGCGAGGAGAAAACCAGACUGAAAGAUCCAUUUGAAUGCUUGAUGGUUUCGAAAAAAAUACAUCGAAAUUACACGGAAGAUUCCGGCGUUUCGAGUAGGAAGAGUGAUAUGUCCAACAUACCGUGCGAGCUGUCGGCGAUUGAAAAGGUGGAAAACAACUCGAACAACAGCAACAAAGAUUUCAGUUCGGACUUUUCGAGAAGUUACAGCAUGAGCAACAUUACCGAAAUCUCACACUCACCUGUACGGAAUGGUAUGCGCGGAUUCAAAAGGCCAGAAUUUCUUAGGGGCGUUAAAAGAGGACGCCAUUUAGUGAACCGGGUUGAUUCGUUGGCUUCGGAUGGCGACGGUACCAGCACGGGCCUGACGCAAGAGAUCGAUGUGCUAGACAUCUGUGGUGAGAUGCACCGAAGCACACCCAAGAAACGCAAAGCAACGUCCCCGAUCAAGGGUGUCCUGAAAGUACGAUCGCUAUCCGAUGAUGAGAUGCAAACAGGAGAGAACUUGAUCGCGAACGUAAUGUUCUCGACGCCCGUCUCAUCGCAAAAGAUACGCCGCGAAGGUGGCCAGCUGGGAAAGCUAAAAAGCACACGCUUUCAGCUUCCCUCCUCGAUCGAUCAAUCGCGCAAGGUAAAGGCGUACAGCGAGGCACUUCCGCCACAUUUCAUCAAAAUGCCAGACGAAUCGGUAAUGUCACCGAUCUGCACGAACCUAACGGCUACGGUCGGGUGCGACAGUACGACCGGUACCGAUGUCGUCGGACCAGCGAUCGAAAAUACACCGAAAGCCGUUAAAACACCAUUCCGCACACCGAAAUCGGUUCGUAGGGCACCGCUUUUAUCGGACGAACGAAUACUCGGCACACCGGACUACCUGGCGCCGGAGCUGUUGUUGCAGCAAGGACACGGUCCGGCGGUGGAUUGGUGGGCAUUGGGCGUUUGUCUGUACGAAUUUCUAACCGGUGUACCACCAUUCAAUGACGAGACACCGCAGAAAGUGUUCGAAAACAUUCUCGGUCGGCUCAUCGAAUGGCCAACUGGUGAGGAGUCGCUCUCACCGGAUGCCGUUGAAGCGGUGGAACAAUUGCUCGAAAUGGAACAAACAAAGCGACCAGCGGCGGACCAGAUGCAACGGAUGGCGUUUUUCGCGUGCAUAGAUUGGAAGAACGUGAGCCUGAUGGAGCCACCGUUCAUUCCCAAUCCGGACGAUCCGCAGGAUACUGGCUAUUUCGAGGCGCGCAAUAUCAUGCAGCACCUGAAGCUGUCGAACUUUAAUCUGGACGCUUAUUAGCGGAUGCGAGCUGCGGAAUCGUGGUUGACAACCAUCACGCGGUGCACAGCUGGAUACUGGCCGUAAAAAUGAGGUACGCAUUAGGUAAGCAAAACUAUACACACAUAUUCGUUUACUAUGCGAGGAAUUUUUUGCACAUUUUAUCACAAUUGUAGACUACGGAACGAUUAGACUGGUAGAUAAGAUGUAGGAAAUUAGAGCGGGAACUAUUUUAAAGCUAAUGCUGUAAGAAGAACUUGUUAUGACCAAUCGUGACAUCCAUGUGAGUUUUCGUUUUGUGUUAAAUUAUUGAAUAACAUUAGCGAUUAUGAUGAUAGUUAUGUGAUACUGCAAACAAGAAGUGAAAAAAGAAAUACAACAAAAAAUAACAUAAACCUACCCGUGAUUGAUGGGAAAUGUUUGCUAAACUUUAAACUGGAAACAAGGAUGCACAGCAUAUUUAGUCAGUGGAGGGCACCAGAACUAGAAGAUGCAAAACUGGGUCAAUCUUGAUAAGACUCGAGAGUUGUGAUUCUUGUGACGUUGAGUAAACAUUUCACCAUUCGUAACGGUAACGUCCAGUGGAAAUGAUGCAGUCGCAUCUACGAUGCAUAAAACAUCAAAUCGAUAGGAAAGGGAAGAUAAGCGAAAGAGUUCCAUCGUGUGAAUGCAGCACCGUCUGGUCAUUUGAACUUCAAAAAUCUGUAGGAUGAAAAAGAAAAGUUACUUUCGAAAAUGAGGAACUAGCUUAAACGCAUCUUCACUGCAACAGCGAGGGAUAUACAAGCUCAUAGAUGUAACGUAAGCGUUCGAAACAUAUGGAAUAAUUGGGUGUAAAUAAAUAGACAAUUCG